CGAAUUCUCAUGACCGUCAUUAAGUUUUUACAAAGUUUCGAAGUGUAGAAAUUGCGAACCCUCUCUCCAUCUUCUCCGUAGUUGCAAAUGGCUACGCUUCCUUCAAGAGCAGAAAUUCUCCAAUUAUUCCGCUCACUUCUUCGUGUAACUCGGCAGUUUCCCGACUACAACAUUAGAGAAUAUGCUAAGCGUCGAACAAUUGACGCUUUCCAUCUCAACAAAUCACUUUCCGACACUUCUUCCAUUUCUCAAGCUUUCGCCGACGCCAAAUUUCAGCUUGAUAUUGCUCGACGUCAAGCCGUUGUUUACUCCCUCUAUGCUCCCAAAGUCAAGAGCAUUAUGGAGAUUUCCAAUCAGUAGACCCUAAUUGUUUUCCUGAUGUUGCUGAGGCCUGAGGCUUUGGGGCAUUUUAAUAAGUUUUGAGAGACAAAUGUACAUUUGGACUCCUUGUUUUAUUGAGCUUUAUGAUACAGAUGCACAUGUACUCUUGCUCUCUUGGGGGUUGCAACUGCAGAAAUGGUCUUGAUGUCUGUAUCCUAGUCCUAGUCCUGCUAGUGAAAACCAAUAAGUAAUAACUUGAAGGUCUAUUUUUUACAUAGAUUGUUUUGGUUCACAUGGUGCUCUAUUUUCAUUAUAUUUACAUGAAUAUUUAUUA